UCUCCUUUGUUCACAAAUUAAGUAACUAAAUCGAAAAAAAAAAACAAAAAUGUUCAAAUUCACUUUCGUCAUCUUGGCCGCCGUGCUCUUGGUCUCUCCGACCUUUGCCACCGUCUACACUCGCUGUUCCUUGGCCAAGGCCAUGUACAGCUUGGGUGUGCCCAAGGAUCAAUUGGCUCGCUGGACAUGCAUUGCUGAACAUGAAUCGUCCUACAAUACCAUGGCUGUUGGCUCCUUGAAUUCGAACGGCUCUCGCGACUAUGGUAUCUUCCAAAUCAACAACUACUACUGGUGCUCUCCACCCUCCGGUGCAUUCUCCUACAAUGAGUGCAACAUCAAGUGUGAUGAUUUCUUGGUUGACAGCAUUGAACCCAGCGUUAAGUGUGCCCAAUUGAUUUUGAAACAACAAGGCUGGACUGCCUGGUCCACCUGGAAGUACUGUGAUGGCACUUUGCCCAGCAUUGAUGAUUGUUUCUAAAUUAAUUUGUUGAUAGGAUUUGAUGCGAAAUAAAAUAAAUGGAUUAAAA